AUGCUUUUUCUGAUAAUUUGGCGAAUUUCAAAACGCUUCCACCAUUCACAGCAGUCAUGUUGAGACCGUUAUGCUUUCUUCGACGCUUUAUGACCGACGUGUUAGCACAACUCAAAUGCGAUUAUGGCGUCGCGGUGACACCUGUUCUCGCUAAGCACCGCCGCGAGUGCGAUGAAAUAUUCCUGAAGAUUCUCAUUUAUCCGAAAGAGAAAGGAAGCAAAAGUAUGGUGGAUCUCAGUGGACCUGACACGCCGUAUCAACACGGCUUUAACAACGUCGUCUUCGUUCUUCCAACGAUAAUAGUCGUCGGUCUUUCCGUAUUCUUCGUUUAUAAACUUUUCAAAUGCUUGAGGGAGCGCGAACAAAAGAGAGAGGAGAAAAAGAAGAACAAACAGUUGAAGAAGAAAAAGUAGUCGAGGAUCUUCGAAUCCAACGACGAAACGAGUUGACUGAAACGAGAGAGUACAAAAUCCUACUUUCCACCGAAUAAAAGUGACGAUUUAUAAUAAAAAUGAGCUGUUACGUUGCUUUACAUAAGCAAUCAUCUACGGUCUCACGUGUCAAAUGAUGAAGUCAAUUGAGAUUUUAUUGUCAAUAUUACGUUUUGUUAAAUAAAGUAAUAUA